UCUUUCAGUGGCCGCGAGUCCGUCUUGUCGCUGUCCUGUUGUUGGUGUCCGGGUGAAGGGGCGGAGAGACAGAUUGCCGCUUGUCGCCAGCGCAAGUCCAAAUCCUACCAGCUACCUCCCUCCAAAGAGAGAGAAGAGAAGAGACCAGAGCACCACGGCGCGGCUUGUUCCUUCGGACGGCAAGAAUUAGAUGUUUCCUUUCACACCUUAUUUUUCCUCUGGGGGGCAUGGGCGAAUGCACCCCGCAGUCAAAGCACCUCCGCAGCUGUGCCGAGGCCCCGCGCUGACGUUUUGACGUCCUCAGGGAUCACGUUUCGAAAUAUCCCCUCGGUGUGUCUGAAUCGUUGCUGAUCCCUGGGGGUGUCAGCGCCGCCUGGCACCGACCUGACCUGAAUCAUAGUCUCCCUUCAAUGUUGCCAUGGCGUCUGUGGGCACAGAGAAAAGCUCCAUCAAGAAGAAAAGUGAGAAGAAAUUCGCAGCCAGGGAGGAGGCCAAGCUCCUGGCAACUUUCAUGGGGGUCAUGAACAACAUGCGAAAGCAGAAGCUUUUGUGUGAUGUCCUUCUGGUGGUAUCGGAUCGAAAAAUUCCAGCACAUCGAGUAGUGCUUGCAGCUGCCAGCCACUUUUUCAAUCUAAUGUUUACCACAAAUAUGCUUGAAUCAAAAUCUUAUGAAGUGGAACUCAAAGAUGCUGAACCUGACAUAAUUGAACUGUUGGUCGAGUUUGCAUAUACUGCAAGGAUCUCUGUUAACAGCAAUAAUGUUCAAUCUCUCUUGGAUGCAGCAAACCAGUAUCAGAUUGAACCAGUGAAGAAAAUGUGUGUUGAAUUCCUCAAAGAGCAAAUUGAUGCUUCAAAUUGUCUUGGAAUAAGUGUGUUGGCAGAAUGCCUUGACUGUCCAGAGCUCAAGACUUCUGCAGAUGCAUUCAUUCAUCAGCAUUUCACUGAAGUUUACAAAACUGAUGAAUUUUUACAACUUGAUGUUAAAAGAGUAACUCAUCUGCUGAAACAAGAUGCACUGACAGUUAGAGCAGAAGACCAGGUUUAUGAUGCAGCAGUCAGGUGGUUAAAAUAUGAUGAACUCAAUCGACAGCAGUACAUGGUUGAUAUUCUGGCUAAAGUCAGGUUUCCAUUAAUCUCUAAGAAUUUCUUGAGUAAAACUGUCCAAGCAGAAUCACUCAUACAGGAUAAUCCAGAGUGUCUUAAAAUGGUUAUUAGUGGUAUGCGCUAUCAUCUUCUGUCUCCAGAGGACAGAGAAGAGUUGGGAGAAAGUACACGACCACGACAAAAGAAACAUGAUUAUCGUAUUGCAUUGUUCGGUGGAUCUCAGCCACAAUCCUGUCGAUACUUUAAUCCUAAGGAUUAUACUUGGAUGGAUAUUCGUUGUCCAUUUGAGAAACGUCGAGAUGCAGCGUGUGUCUUCUGGGACAAUGUUGUGUACAUAUUGGGUGGUUCACAGCUUUUCCCCAUCAAACGGAUGGACUGCUACAAUGUGGUUAAGGAUAGCUGGUAUUCUAAGCUUGGUCCUCCAACACCUCGAGACAGUCUUGCAGCAUGUGCUGCAGAAGGCAAGAUUUACACAUCUGGUGGCUCUGAAGUAGGAAACUCUGCCUUAUAUCUGUUUGAGUGCUACGAUACCAGAACAGAAAAUUGGCAUACCAAACCCAGUAUGUUGACACCCCGAUGUAGCCAUGGUAUGGUGGAGGCUAAAGGACUCAUCUAUGUUUGUGGGGGAAGUUUAGGCAACAAUGUAUCUGGAAGAGUUCUAAAUUCCUGUGAAGUAUACAAUCCAGCAACUGAAUCGUGGACAGAACUUGCUGCUAUGCUGGAGGCUAGGAAGAACCAUGGAUUAGUUUUUGUAAAUGAUAGAAUCUAUGCUGUUGGAGGACAAAACGGACUCGGUGGUCUGGAUUCCAUAGAAUAUUAUGAUAUUAAAAUGAAUGAUUGGAAAAUGGUGUCAACAAUGCCCUGGAAAGGGGUAACAGUUAAAUGUGCGGCAGUAGGCCCCAUAAUCUAUGUCUUGGCUGGUUUCCAAGGUGUAGGCCGCUUGGGUCACAUUUUGGAGUAUAACACUGAGACUGACAAAUGGACAACUAAUUCUAAGGUCCGUGCUUUCCCUGUAACCAGUUGUCUUAUCUGUGUUGUGGACACUUGCGGUGCAAAUGAAGAAAAAGUCGAAACUUGAAGUAAUUGAAGCUGCAGAAUAAUGUAUGUUCUGUCCAUUUUGUGCUGACUUAAACUGGUAUUUCAAGAGCUUUCUAACUCCAAAGCCCUUUGAGAUGUCUUGGAGAUGAUGAUAUUUGGAAUUAUUUUGACAGUUAUUUAAGAAAAAGGCUGCAUUACAGAAUUUUUGUUUUAGAAAUUGUUGGGAGUAUUUGGAUAUUUAUGGGACUUGCUAUAGAAAGAAAUUUUGUAUCUUAUUUUUAAUUUUAACAAAUUAGAAAUUACUGUUGUCGGUAUUAGUAAAGAAAUAAGGUGUUUUUCAGACAUCAAAUCAUAGAAUGUAACAGCACAGGAACAGACCAUUUAGCCUAUCAAGUCUGCAAGAGUGAUUUCUCCAUACAAGUCACCAAGUUAAUCUGUAGCAGUUCAUUUCCAUUUACUACUUUUUGUUUUAGCAAAUUAUCUUCUUCAUUUUGCACAGCAUUUAUAGAAAAUGUUUCAAUAACAUUCUUCUGGACACUAUUCAAAAGUAGCUAUGAACUUAUUUAAAUGGGUUAACAUCUCUGCUAAAAUGGCACAAAGGAAUGGUAUAUAAGACAGUCGUACUAGAAACUGGAAACAAUAAAAGCAAUAAAAUGCAGAUGCAAGAGGUUUGAAAUUAAAACAAAUGCUACAUAAACUCAGCAGCAUCUGUGGUGAGAGAAUCAAAGUUAAUGUUUUGAAUCCUAAGAUUCCUCUGCUGAACUGGAAGAAUCUCUCCACAGAUCCUGUCAGACCUGCUGAGUAUCUCCAGCACAUUAUUGUUGCCAAUUGGAAAAACAACUUUAAUGUUAUAGACUCCUCUAGAUAAACAAGGAUUUUCCAUUGACAUUUUGAAGAAAACUGUUCAAAAUGUGCAUAUUGAAUGUUGAAAGUUAUUUUGUAUGGUGAGAAUGUACAUUGUAACCAGACUGUGUACAAGUGUUAAUUUUAGUUAUGUACUGAAAAGGAGAAUGUGGCGCUCUCAUAGAAAAAAUAUAUAGAGAGCUGUGUACCAAAUCUGUACAUGAUUGUUGUCACAUACAUUGAGAUACAGUUAAAAAUGUUGUUUUGGGAGGUACAUUGAAAAGUCUGAUAACAGUGGGGAAGAAGCUGUUCUCAAAUCUCUUUGUA